GAUCUUAGAAAUAAGACGCUGAUAAACACACGCACACAAAAAGAGAGGAAAUUAGAGGAGAGGGAGAUGGCGCUGGAGUACUGUGUAACAGGCGGAACCGGAUUCAUUGCUGCUUAUUUGAUUAAGUCCUUGCUGGAGAAAGGUUGCUUUGUGCGCACAACCGUGCGAGAUCCAGAGAAUGUGGAAAAGGUUAGUUUUCUGAAGGAGUUGAGUGGAGCAAAAGAGAGGUUGAAGAUUAUGAAAGCUGAUUUAAUGGAGGAAGGAAGCUUUGACGAAGCUAUUGAUGGCGUUGACGGUGUUUUCCACACCGCUUGCCCGGUUCUUGUUCCUUAUGACGAUAACGUUCAGGCAACUUUGAUUGAUCCAUGCAUAAAGGGCACCUUGAAUGUGCUGAGAUCCUGUUCAAAAGCCAGCAGCGUGAAAAGGGUUGUUCUCACCUCUUCUUGCUCUUCAAUACGCUACCGUUUUGAUGUCCAGAACCAGCAAAUUUCUUCUCUUAACGAAUCACAUUGGAGUGAUCCAAACUAUUGCAAACGCUACAAUCUGUUUUAUGCGUAUGCAAAGACAAUAGGUGAACAAGAAGCAUGGAGAGUAGCAAAGGAAAGUGGGAUGGAUUUGGUGGUUGUCAACCCAUCUUUCGUGGUUGGUCCUUUGCUUGCGCCGCAACCGACCAGUACUUUGUUGCUGAUACUCUCCAUUGUUAAAGGUAUGAAAGGUGAAUACCCAAACACCACAGUAGGGUUUGUGCACAUAGAUGACGUGAUUGCAGCUCACAUUUUGGCUAUGGAGGAAAGCAAAGCAUCAGGCAGGUUGGUAUGUUCUGGCCCGGUAGCUCAUUGGGAACAGAUCAUUGAGAUGCUGAGAGCUAAAUGUCCUUCUUAUCCUUUUGAAAGCAAGUGUAGCAGUCAAGAAGGAGACAACAAUGCACAUAGCAUGGACACGAGUAAGAUUCAACAGUUGGGAUUCCCGGAAUUCAAAUCACUUCCUCAAAUGUUUGAUGAUUGUAUUAAGAGUUUUCAUGACCAAGGAUUUCUGUGAAGUUCACUUGUUUUGUGCAAAUGGGUUCAUAUGUAAGAGCAUUAGCACUAUUUAACGAUAUCCUUAUUUCUAUGAACCCCUGCUCUAGCAAAAGUAUAUGAUACGUUUCUAAAUCAGUAAUAAUUAUAGUUGAUCGGUCAA